CUCAUGCUCUAUUAUUAUGUUUUUUGAAGUAUUCGCCAUUCAAUAAGCGUCCAUAUCUGAAGGCGCUUUAUCGCAAACAGCAAAAUGGAAUCUUAUCGAAUUAUCAACUUCAUUUCAUACGCUGACUAAUAAUUUCAAUAUGCAUUUAUAUCUGAGUGAAACAAUUUUGUGUUGGUAUAUGCAAUUUAAAACCUCGUGUAUCAACAAAACGUGAUUAGAAUAAUAUUCUGUUCUAUCUUACAAGCUUACGAGUAUCAUCGGCAUUUAUAUAUCAUUUGUAUAACAUAAAAUAAAAAAUAAUUUUUAGAAUAACAUAAAAUAAUACAUUUGAUUUUUUAGUAAAAAAAUAAUGUAAUUAAAUUUCUGCGAUAUGAUGGUGCAAUUAAUUUUUUAAAUAGUAUUUAUAUAGAUGAAUAUAGUUGGUUUAAGGUAUUUAGAACUAGCAUCAUUAAGAAAAAUAUACGAAGAAAAAAAAGAAUAUGAAAAGAUAAAGAAAAUUUAUUUAAUCUCAAAACAUGGCAAAUGAUUUAGAUUCAGUGUGUAAAAAGAAAUCAACACGUUUUAUGCAAAUUCCUUUGAAAUCAACUGAACAGAUUUAUUUAAUUUUUUUAAUUCCAACAUUGAUCACUUGUUUUAUAUAUAUAAUUCAUUUUUCUGCUGAUUUAGUAGUUGCUAUACAGCACUUCAAAGAACAUAACUUAGUAUGGGGUUGUUGUACCAUUGGUUUUAUGUAUGCACCAGCAAUUGCAUACUUUAUGUUAACUGUUUCAAGACCAGAUUGGUGGAUGUCAAAUGACGAUAAACUAACGAGGAGUAUCUUUUAUUGGUUUUCUCUUCAACUUUGUCAAUUGGUGGUCUUUGUCUUUUUUUCUCUGUAUAGAUAUGCAGGUCUUAUAGUAUUAUCUAUUGAAGCUAUUAUUUUAAAUGGAAGAGAGAGGACAGAAACUUUAAAUAUAGCAAGUGCUCCUGCAGCUAUAGAAUUAUAUUUUUUUUUACAAGCAUGGUUUCAGGCAGUUCCACAAGCUCUUUUUCAAACACACUUACUUUUUCGUCAAUCAUCAUUUCAUCAGACUUAUCAAUCUGUAGUUGUAAAGGUGCUUUCUAUUAUUAUGUCUGUCGUAAUACUUGCUAUUCAAACUACCUCUUUUCAAAGAUUUGAAAGUCAACGUAUUAAUGGUAGAAAAUUACCAUGGGCAAUGUGGUUAAAAAAAUAUUGUGUUCAGGAACCUCAUGAUUUUGAAGAAAAAAAACCUCUGAAAUUAUCUAAUAUAAAGAGAAAUAACACUGUAGAGGAUUCUCGGGAACAAAAAGAAUCUAUAAAAAUUCAACAUGAAGAUAAGAAGCAAUCUGAUUUUCACGUUAUUUUACAUCGUCAAGUGUCUGUGACACCUCCUUUACCACCUAAAAAUGUAUAUAUCACACCACCUCCAACUCCUUUACGUGGAGUUACUACAGUUACACCUUUGCCUAUACCAGAUGCACCAGCUCCACCAAGACCAGAUUCUAUAUGUACAAUUUCAGAAAAUUCAGAAUCUGAAAAAUUAUUUGCUAAAGCAAUAUCUAUUGCAGAUACAAAAAAAAGCAUAAAUACUACACAAAAUUUAAAAGUUCCACAACGGAGAUAUUCGACAAAAGGUUUAGAAGAAGAUGAUCCUGUAGGAAAAUUUUUGAGUUUUUUAUGGUGGUUCUUUUUCAUUUUAGCACGUAUACUUACUAUUGCCACGUUCUAUGAAUUUUAUCCACUUUACUUAUCUAUUGCGCUUGGUAUACAUUAUGGUAUUAUGUUAAUAUAUCUUUUUUAUUAUACAAAAUAUUAUGACAUUAUUACUUUUUUUCUUAAUUUAUGGUUAGGAUUAAUUUAUAUAGUUAGUUUAAUCGAAUAUAGAAUUAAAUUUAAAUAUGCAGAUAAGUGGGUAUUGCCAUAUUAUAUUUUUGUAUUAAUGCAAAAUACGUUCUUAACGUUAUCUUGGUACUUUUACGCAGAUUGGGAUGGAUUUUGGUAUACUUAUAUAUUUUAUAUUAUUUUUGGAGCUAUGACACUAUGUAUUUUAUCAACUAUAAUUUAUUGUGUUUUACUUAAACCAAAGAAACAUAGGAUUUAUACCAGUUGACAAAUGCAUAAAAUUGUAAAAUAUUCAUUGAAAUGUGAUUCUCAAAUGCUUUUAAUCUUCAUAUUUUAACAUACUUUUGCUUCAUAUUUAUACAAAUCAUUUAUAAAAUGGAUAUGUUAAAAAAUUAUUAUGGAUAGAACAGUAGUAGUUGAUACAAUUAAAAUUUACAGUUACAAUUUUUUAAUCUAAAAUGAAAAACUGAGGACUGAUAUUAAUCAUUACAUAUAUAUUUAUUACUAUUAUAAAUUAAGUAGCUAUAUUUAUGAAACAUUCAUAGAAAAAUCCGUCUAAAAAUUUUUACAAAUAGUUACUAGAUACGGCAGCAUUUUUUCUUAUCUACGAACUUUAUAUCUGUAUAAUAAUAUUACACUACGUGUUUAUAUACAGAAAUACUUAUGCGAAUACUUAUAAGUAUUAAAAUAUGUAUAUUUCUUA